AUGACUGCCAUUCAUUUAAAUACUAUAAAUGCCGAUGGCAUCAAUAUAUUCUACAGAGAGGCUGGGCCUCCUGAAGCACCCACUCUCCUCCUACUUCACGGAUUCCCUAGCUCAUCCCAUCAAUACCGCAAUCUAAUUCCUCUCCCCUCCAGAAAAUAUCACCUCUUAGCACAAGAUCUCCCAGGUUUCGGAUUCACAGAAAUCCCCGAAUCUCGAAACUAUAAAUACACAUUCGAUUCUCUAACCACAUCCAUCGAAUCUUUCCUAAAAGAACUCAACAUCGAAAAAUUCUCCAUCUACAUCUUCGACUACGGCGCCCCCAUCGGCUUACGUCUAGCACUCCGCCAACCCCAAGCCAUCCAAUCAAUCAUAUCCCAAAACGGCAACGCCUACACCGAAGGGCUAGGAGAAUUCUGGACGCCCUUCCAAAAACUGUGGAAAUCCCAAACCCCCGAAGAACUAACCGCUGCCAACGAACCCAUCAAAUCCAUCAUCUCCCUCGACUCAACCAAAUGGCAAUACAUCACCGGAACCCUCCCACCCAUCUCCAUAGAAUCGCACCAGAAUCCAAUACCCUCGAUUAUGCCUUACUAUAUCCAAUUCGAUCUUUUCUAUGAUUAUCGUACGAAUCUGGAUUUAUAUCCGGAGUUUCAACGGUUUUUUAGGGAAUCGAAGGUUCCUGUUUUGGCGGUUUGGGGUAGGAAUGAUGAGAUUUUUUUAAAGGCUGGGACGGAGGCGUUGAAGAGGGAUUGUGGGGAUUUGGUGCUGGAGUUUUUGGAUGCGGGUCAUUUUGCGGUGGAGACCCAUGGGGAGGAGAUUGCGGAGGCGAUUUUGAGGUUUAAGGAGAAGUUUGCACUUUAG